AUGCCCAAGUCUGCUCCUCCUCCUCGUCAGGGCAACUUCCGAUCCAACCCCUACGGAACUUGGAUCUCUCCCGGCUUCACUAGCCAAAGCAACUAUUACCCAAGUCCUGCAUCCUCUCGCUUUGACGACCCGCCUUUCGGUAUGCAGCCACGCGCCUGGGGCCCUCCAUCUUUCGGGUCUCCCGAGGACCCUUAUGAUGUGAUCGUCCCCCCUCCUGAGAUGACCCGCGGCCAGCCGCUGGCCCCCGCUUGCCCGCCUCCUCCAUGCGGUGCUAGGACUACUGAGAAGCUCUCUCGAGAGGUCCUUUUUGGGGAACUCCCGAAAUCUACCGUGGUUGAGAACACACAAGCCCAAGAGUCCCAGCCUGCGGAAGACUUCAAACCUGCUCAGGAUAUCAAGCCCGACCAGGAGUUCCGGUCCCUACAGACCCAACCGCUUCCGAGGCAGAAGCAGCCUCUGAAGCGAGUUGACAGCAUGGUCCUCCAGGCUGUGACUCGCAACAGCAAGAAGGCCCCCGACCUUCGUGUCGUCAGUAACAGCUAUGGAGGCGGCACUCAGUGCAACGUCUACAGCAAAGUACCCUCCGUCUCCAAGGCGAUCUCUUUCAAUGUCAAUGAUGAGGAGGCACUCCUCAAGGCCUACCGCCACGUCAAGGCGAUGAAUCCCGGUGCUCCAGUUGGAGGCAUCAUGUUCAGCAUUGGUGCAAAGGGCGACGCCAGCCGCGUCGACAACAUCAGCUGGGACUCUUUCGCUGGUCGCUCUGGUCUUGGUAGAAGCUUCUCCAUGAACCUGAAUGGUGACAAGAUUGAGGUCUUCCGCCCCCGACGCUAA